AUGGCGCCUCAGAAGGUGGAACCACUCAGUAUAACAGAAAACGCUAUGUUACUUGAAGAUUUACACAUGAAGAAGAAACAGUUCAAAGAACUUGUAGAUGUUAAAAAGAAAUUAUUUUAUAUUGAGCUGAGACGUAAGAUCGCUAAUGUUAAAAAUAUAAUUGAGUUCUGGGAAACUAUCAGGGAAUUGGGAAAGAAAUAUGCGGGAGGGAAUGUCAUACUUAAAGAAGUCUGGGAGAGUUUUUAUCUUGCCAUUUAUCCACCUCGGAUUUUCUUUGAAGUCUCAUUCGCGGAUGUGAGGCAUCCUUUUUUAGAUGGCAAAAUUACUCUCGUAGAAUUAUCGUCUGCCUUGAGGUCUGCUAAGGUUGGCAAGGCCCCGGGUCCGGACCUGAUUCCUAAUGAAUUUUGGAAGGCUCUGCCCCAGAUAGGUUUGGAUUUUGUAUUGGAUCUUUUGAAUGAAAUCUGGGACAGGGGGGUGGUUCCGGACGCGUGGCCCUGCGCUGCUUUGACGAUGCUGCACAAGAAGGGUCCAGUGGAUGAUCCUAGUAAUUACAGGGGAAUCGCCCUUACAAAUAGUAUCCUCAAAAUCUUCACAAAGAUUCUGGCUGUUAGGAUUGAGAAAUGGAUGGAAUCUUCUGAGAUUUUGCCGGAGUCACAGGCGGGAUUUCGUCGCGGAAGAGGUU